AUGCAAAUAAAACAUCCUACAGUCUCUUUGAAUAUAAAUAAUGAAUCUUCUGCAACAGAGAGACAGGAAGAAAAUGUCGAGACCUUUAUAUAUAGUAAUAAUACUACUGGUGAUUCAAAUCCAUCAACAAGUCGAGAAAAAAUAACAAGUAAAGAUAAUACAGUUUCAUUAGAACCCACAAAAUUAUUUGCUCAAGGUGCCCAGUCAGAACAGUCAUAUCAAACUGACAUAUCAGUUUUUAUUCCGAAAAGGCUAACUCAAAGAGGAAAGCAAAUUAUUGACGAAAAGUUAAUUCGUCUUUUUACAGAUACCUAUCAGCCUUUUUGGAUUAUAGAAAAACUGCCUUUCGUGGGUUUAUUAAAGCUCUUAAUCUUACAUUUGAACUACCCAGUCGACACAUGA